AGAAAGGUUUCUGGCAUGAUUACUGACUUCAGUUAGUCGCGGUUGUGGAGUCGCUUCUGAAUGCCAACCCGAAGCUUGCCCAACUCAAGGACGACGAUGGCCGGUUGCCUAUUCACUGGGCCGUCUCAUACAAUCACCCCGAGAUUGUCAGCUUGCUGAUCAGCCAAAAGGGUUUCGACCCCGACGCAGAGGUAGGAUGCUUUGCCUGUGAACAUCACGGAGUCACACCAAUCUGACCCAUCGCAGGACGACAGCGGCUGGACGCCCUUCAUGAUCGCCGCCAGCGUUAAGGACUCUGACAGGGUUGCCGACAUCUUGCUCGCUCGGGGUGCGGAUGUCAACCAGACCAGUAUGCUGUGCUUGUGACCAUUUCAACACUCCUAUGGAGCUUACUAAAUCAUCUUCACAGAUAACAACGGCCAAACAGCCCUUCACUUUCUCGCCUCCAAAAACAACCUGGACCUCGCCCGCAAGCUGCUCGAGAGCCACACCCCGGCGGCCUCGACCCGCGUGCGCGACAAGCGCGGCCAGUACCCGCUGCACCGCGCGGCCGCCAUCGGCUCGGUGCCCAUGAUCAACCUGCUGAUCAAGCACCGCAGCCCCAUCAACGCGACCGACUCGGCGGGGCAGACGCCGCUGCACCAUGCUGUGGCCGAGGGCCACGGAGAUGCGGCGAUCGCGCUGUUGAAGGCCGGCGCUGAGACGGAUAAGAAGGAUGUGGAUGGAUAUCUGCCCUUGGACACGGCCCCGAGUAAGGAUGUAAGCUGCUCCCCACUUUUGAAAAAGGUCCGGCCUGCCUGAUGAACUGGCGGAUGCUAAUGCUGAAAGCAA